AUGAUAAGAAGUCCUCCAUCAUUUCAACAAUCAUCAUCAACAUCAUCAUCAUCAUCAUUAUCUUCAUCAUCAUUUUCACAUUCAUCUUUUCUAAACUCAGAUAGCAGUAGUCAUGAAUCACAUGAUGAGGUAUUUUUAAUAAUGUCACCAGUGGUAGAUGUACCACUUCCACCGCAUCUACCAUUAUUACCACCAUUACCGUUAUUACCACCAUCACCGCCAUUACCAUCAUUACCACCAUUACCACCAUUACCACCAUUACCAUCAUUACCAUCAAUUCCGGAAUCUUCUUUACUAUCAUUAUCAUUCAUGGAUAUUGAUGAUAUUCCUUUUCUAAUGGAACAAUUCGCCUUUACUCCAUUUGAUCAUAUACCGCCGCAGGUAUUUGAACGAAUACAGAUGUUUUGUUAUAGGAAAGAAGAAUGGGUCAAAGUUCAAACAGUUAAUAUACCUAUGCAAAAGGAUAUUAAUCAUUAUCCACCUGUAUCGGAAGUACCUCAAAUGGAUGUAUUGAGAAAUGUCCCAAAGGAUUUAUUUGCUGACAUUCCGCGGUUUGGAUUUCGGGAAUUAAAAGAAGAGGAUCGUAACAAACUUUUAGAAACAUGCUUAUCUGAAAUAAAAUGUACGGAACAAGACGAAAAAGCAACGAGAAAACGUCAACAAAUUGAAACAUGCUUAUCUGAAAUAAAAUGUACGGAACAAGACGAAAAAGCAACGAGAAAACGUCAACAAAUUGUUAAUCUUGAAAUGAACCUUGCAAAAAUGCAAGAUAUUGAAAAUAUGGAGGAUUAUGUUGAAUUGAGAUUGUUACGAACACAACAAUUAAAAAAUUCUUUGUUACAAUUUGUUGAACUUGAUGAUUUGAUAGUACCACCAGAUGAUGGAACUUUUCAAAAUGAUAUAUUACUAACAGUGCAACAAUCUAAUCAUCUAAUUAAAUCAAUUACUAAUCCGAAUAUACGACGAAAACGACAAUCAUUGUUUUUGGAUGAUUUUCCAAGCGAAAAAUGGGAUGUUAGUAAACCGAUUAAAUAUGUUUUCGAUUCAUCUCUUGAAAUAAACGACAGAGAGUUAGUAAUGAAAGCAUUGGAACAUAUUGAAUCACGAACAUGCAUAAAAUUUGAAUAUAUUGCAACACAUCCUAAUGAAUCACAUUUAUAUUAUAUCAAAAAUUUUGAACCUGAUAUUUGUGGUUUGAGCUAUAUUGGUCGUAUAGGUGAUAUCAAUCCAAUCUAUUUAAGCUUCGAAUGUAAAGAUCAAUAUGGUAUAAUAAUUCAUGAAACAUUGCAUUCAUUGGGUGUAAAUCAUCAAAUGUUACGAUCAGAUCGUGAUGAUCAUAUUAUUAUUAAAUGGGAAAAUAUUAAUCCAAAAUUGUAUGAUUAUUUUGCUAUAUCUGAUUCAAAUAUAUUUACAAGUUAUGGUGUAAGUUAUGAUUACUAUAGUAUCAUGCAUUAUGGACCAUAUGAUGGAGCAGUUAAUCCAAAAAAGCCAACUGUAAUACCAAAACAACAAAGUGAACGAUUUCUUAAAAUUAUUGGUCAACGGAAAGGUUUAAGCGACAAAGAUGUUGAAUUACUAACAGCUAUGUAUUGUAAUAAAGGAUGUAUUGAUCGAAAUGUUUAUUGUGGUAUUUGGGCAUUGAAACAGUUAUGUACAAAUAAUGAUUGGAUAAAUGAAAAUUGUCACAAAUCAUGUGGUUUAUGCUAA